GAGGGACUUUUGUAGUAAAGGACUACGAUGGCACCAUUCUCUACUUUUCGCUAGCUCACCAGCAUACUGGAACUCCAGUUGUUGUGGAGGACACUACAAUUAUGAAGUAGGGUCCAGGUUUCGAGUCUAUAGGCCUGAUAACCAAUCUGUGAUGUGGAUAGUGGAAGAAAGAUAUGAAUACUUUGGAAUUCUAUUUUCAUGUAAAUGGAGAGUUACGCUGGUGCCGGGAUCCUACGCUGGAGACGUCAUCGCAGACGAAUAUUUUCGAUAUUUUAAGCUAAACAAUCUAAGUGGUGAGACACUCUGCUGUACUGAACUCCAUUACGACCAUUUGUACAAGGUCCGUACGUCCCAAGGCGUCGUUGGAAGCAUUGACUUCGGAAGAAGCUCAGGCCACCUCACGGUCAAAUUCCCUAGUGAGUUCGACGUCAUACAAAGGUCUUUUCUCCUCUCUAACGCAAUAAUUUUGUUAUGCCACAUGAAGAAAACAAAGACAAUUUCGAGGAGACGAGGAAGAAGCGACGGAGAAGGAGGAAGAGGAAGAGGAGGAGGAGGAGGAGGAGAAGGAGGAUGGGGAUGGGGAUACAUUGGAGGAGGAGGAUUUGACAGAGCGGGGGAGGAGGAUGACGGUGAGGCAGGAGGAGGAGGAGGAGGAGGAGGAGGAGGACGGAGGGAGGCAUGGGGAUAG